AUGGUCCGACGUAUGCCGAUCAAACCCCUCGUCUUACCAGCGACCACAGAUGCAGAUGAUGCGGUUACAAACCUAGAAGCGGGUGUCGAGAAAGGAAAACCUGAUCUGGUGAUCCCCGCAGCACAGGAUCCUGAUGCGACUCCGCCUAGCCCGAACAAUGCAAAAUUUCUCAAUCGGUUGAGCAGAAAUGCAAGUAGUACGCCAUACACUCAAACCACCCCGCAGCAUCCUAACGUGCUACGACGAACCAAUACAUGGGCUCGCUCAACAGGCAGUCUGCUGAGAAUGGCGUCGGAAAAUGCGACCAUUAACGUACUGCGAACAUCGUUGUUUGAACUGCAUGACCGAAUGAGCUACCGUUGGGUACUACAUCCGCAGUCUCCCUUCAAGGCCUUUUGGGACUUACUUAGCGCAGUUGUCGUCGUUUACUACUCGUGGAUCAUCCCGUUCAUGUUGUGUUUCGAUUGGUAUGAGCCGUCCAAAAGAACUAAAACUUUCAUGAAAGUGCUGGAUGUAUGGGGGUUUCUCGACAUCGCGCUGCGAUUUCGGACUGGGUACAUUGAGUAUGGUACUGUGGUAAUGAACCCACGGAAAAUUCGACAAGCCUAUAUUCGUUCCGUCUGGUUUCCUAUUGAUCUAGCCUCCUCGAUCCCUUUCGAAUAUUUCGUUAAGGAUACUACAACCAGCAUGUCAACCAGGAAAACCAUCAAAAUGAUCAAGUACAUCAAAUUACCACGGUUACUUCGUUUGGGGCGAUUUGUCAAAUAUCUGAAGCGGUACAAGCGAUACUCGAGCCUCAUAAUCUCGCUCAACGCAAUGAUAUUCUCUGCUCAUGUAGCAGGCUGUUUAUGGGUGGCCAUACUGAAACCGUGCGCAGACAUUAUUGAGGCCACUCGGCCGCACUGCCAAGACGGUGGUGAGAUGGAUGUCUAUUGGGUCGCCUUUCAUCAUGGAAUAGUGUCCAUGCUGGGCGUUUCUGCUACUCAUGUUGAAGCCAGCGAUCGAUUUUUAAGCGGUGGAUAUACCCAUAUCGCUAGUGAUGACUUGAAUAGCGCAAUCUACCUUUGGUCCAGUGCAGUAUCAGUUUACGGCGUCAUCUUGACAGCUAUUAUCUUCGGAACUAUCAUCGGUCUAGUUCAGAGCUGGAACAGAGCUGAGAACGCGUUCCGGAAGAAAAUGGAUCACGUCACGCACGAGAUGGAUGCGCUGAGUCUGCCUAAAAAAUUACGAGCUCGAGUGACAGCGUAUUACGAUUACCUGUGGCUAAAUAAUCGAGCUUUGUCCGAGCAACUAAGUCUGCUGCAUGACCCGGGCAUGUCAUUGACACUGCGGCGACAAAUUGCAAUUUACCUGUUCAAAGACAACCUCCUAAAGAUCCCGUUCUUUCAAUUAGCCACCGACGCUAUACUGGGUAUGAUCUGCAUGCAGCUGCACCAGGUCAUCUAUAUGCCCGACGAUUUCAUUAUCCAAGAAGGUGAAAUUGGAAAGGAAUUGUUCAUGAUCGUCAAAGGAAUCGUACGUGUACUGCCUCCAAAUGGCUGCAAGAAACCGGAAGCUGAGACGAUUAUAUUGCUUAGCGAAGGCGAUUUUUUCGGUGAGAUCGGCGUGGUCAUGGAAGUUGAGCGAACUCGCAGCGUCAAAGCCGAAUGCAUGGCUGAGCUCUGUGUUCUUGCUCGAGAAGGUUUUGACAAAAUCCUGGUUGAGUUCCCUGAGUUCGCAACCGCUAUGAAAAAGCUUAUCGUGAAACGUGUUGGUGAAAUGUGGAAAGACGAUGGACCCGAGCGCAUGGAGAAGAUGACGGCACUUGCCGAUGCCAAAAUGAAGAAAACUAUCCAGACCUACAAGAAUAUGGAUAAGUUUCGCAACAAAACGCGUGCUCUGGCGACGUUCCGUCCACGGUUGUCGAAUAUUCUCAGCUCGACUGGAAAUCUUACACCAGUCGAAAUUCGAGGAGAUCCAGGAAUCGUUGCAGCUGCUUCCGCUGCGGCUGCUGCUGUGACCUCCACGGACACCAUUAACUCCACAAUAGACGCCAAUUCAGACAAGUCCCCGCUUGGUGCAAUAACGGAAGACAGCGUCGACGAGAAGAAGAUAGAGUCGGUAUCGGAUGCUCCAACGUCGGGGGCCACAAGAUCCAUCGUUGGAGUGUUGGGGCUAACCGAUCGAAGAUCGCAACGUGCUUUAGUCACCAAUGCCUCGACACGUCCUUCCCCACUCCAAUUGCAGCAACUAGAGGUGCAGUUGCGAGUAGUCGAGCAGAAGAUGGAGACGAGGAUGAACGAAUUGGAUCAUAAGCUCGAGGAGAUUCUUCGUCGUUUAGUGCUUACUGCCAAACCGAAUACGAUGCCUCCCGGCGUAUAGCUAGUAGCUGCAUACCCGUGGAGUAAAAUAGAAUAGAGCACUGGAAACUCGGUUGAGCAUGCACGACGAGCACACUUUUGUUGAAGUUUUCCGUCGUGUGUAUGCGAGUGCCUCCAUGUU